GGAAUCGGAAACACGUCGCGAAGCGUGAAAUAUUCGAGGUAUUCUUAAGAAAAGGUUAUAGUUAUUAUAUAUUUCCGUGCUGUAUUUGUUGGUAAAAUAAGUUUCUUUAAUAACAAACAAGGGUGUCGUGUUAAUUUCUUUAAUGCCGUGGUUCUGGUCAAGAUUUUUACUGAAGACAAAUCUCAAAAGAUCCUGGGCUUAAGAAAUUAUCGAUGGAGAGUAUUAAUCGAGAUGAUUGGAUGCCUCACUCGAAAUCAGCUGUUUGUAAGGUACAGUUUGACUGAAACAUGUGGGAAAUUGUAAAUAAUAAAAGAAGACUACAAUUGAUUUCUUUAUUCAAAGACUGAUGUCAACUAUGUUUUAAAAGUCGCGCCAAUUUCACAACAUCCGAUUCCGUUUUGGCGGCACCAAUCAGAAGCGGAGUAAGUGGUGACACAACUAUCCCUAAAGGAACAUUGGACCCUACCACAGCUGGCAAGCAGAGGAGUCUCGUGAUUUGGAAGCUCUCAAGAAAACACAUCAAGAACUUCAGCAAUUAUACUCCUUACUUCGUCACUUGCGUGCCGAUCUAGAGAAAAUAACGAAAAAUUACUCCUCAGAAUCCAGUAAUCAAGGGAAAAGUUAAAACUAACUGGACAAUAUUUGAACCAGAUUUCCAGGAGAAAAUAAUAUUUUAAAAUGGAAAACAUGCGGAGAAGCUUAGGAAUCGCUCUCCUCGGAAGUGGAGGGGAGAUGCCUCCGGGAAAUUCUUCGCCUCUUCGACGAAGGUCUAGUUUCGGAGUUACUCCACAAAGCUCACUUUCAACUUUGGGUGAAAAUGACGACGAAGCGGAGCGUAUUGCUCGUCGCCGAGAACAAGAGCAAGCAGAAGCAACACCACAAUCUUCGUCUUCACUAGACAAACGGCGAUCUCUUGGAUUAUCAAACGUCGCACAAAUGCCAGCCCUUCAAAUCUCAGAAAGAAUAACACAAUGCAUCAAACUCAGUGCUGAGAACAAAAUAAACGUGAAGAACGCCUUCAGCUUGGAAAUCAUCGACUUCAUGACUUUUUUAAUAAAGAAAAAGGACAAGGAGAUGUCAAAUUUACAGGUAGCCAGUACUUCUUUAGAUGUCAGUGCGAAAAUCUACGGAUUUCGAGUAGAUGGUGUGCACACCGAAAUUCUCAAGAUGAUAGGAGGACUCGACAAGCAGGAUAAAAAUGCCGGCGAUGGGAACGACGCUACAAAUGAAACUAAUGUGCAAGAAGCAGGUGAGAAUAACACGGAGGAUCAAGGAGUGCAGAAGAAGAAGAAAAAGCGAACCAAAAAAAACAUUCUCAGCACUGUAGAUUCUUUAAGGGGAAACGUGGAAGUGGUGAAUCCCAUUACAUUGAUGAUGGGAGAGGGAGAUUCCCAAACGACAGAUCUUCUGUUCCAAGCAAUGCUACCUUAUCACGAAACCGGACAGAUUUGUUUAAACUCCUACAAUGACGUGAUUUUCGAUGAGGUUUCGAAGGAUGAGCCACUGAAGUCAAAGGAGAUUGAACAUCCAAAUAUCACAGUCAACCCUGGCCUCGAUAUCUGCCCUUCUUUCACUAAUUUUCAAUUCGUGGGAUGGUCUGCUGAUAAUGAACCUAUUGAUGAGCCUUCCCCGGAGAACGAGAGCAGAUACCAAUUCGAUCUGGAUGCCAGUUUGCCUGCGGACGAGGUUCCUCCUUCCCACACGAAUGCCUUCGACAUGGAUGAUGAUUAUCACGAGCAAGUCAACAGAUUUGGAGGAGGAGCAAACAGAACAGAAAAUAUCGUGGACCUGAGCACUGUUAUUGCUUCCUGCGGGCUUAAAAAGAACUUUGAGUAUUCCUAUCUUCAGGACAGUCUGGCGAGUCAAAUCCAGUGGGUGGGUCCACUUCAUUGGAAAGUGAGGCCUCAUCGAUCUCUUGCCGGAAGCAGAAUUAUGCCACCAGCUGCUUGCAGAGACGCUGGGAGGAAGAAGAAGGAAAUCACGAUUGAGCAGAAGGAGGAAGAGGCGAGAAAAGCUAUCGCUGAAAAAUUCCUUCCCGGGCACACAGUGCGUCUUCAAGUGAAGACAGCGAAAGUUGGAUGGACAGAGGAAAAAAUCACAUACCCGAAGGAUGAGCACUACGAUUCGAGAAAUUGUUGUCGAUUUUACUUCCGGUCGAAGCUACACUUCAACUUCCUGAAAGAAAAAAAUAUAAAUACCACUCAUCUUUCGGAUGAAGUGGAAAACUAUAAUUACAACAACGAACAUGAUGUUUCAAAUUACUGCCCAGAUCUUCAGAACGAUGAUUACCCGAUUGGAGAUGACAACGAAAAUGGGGGCUUAAGCGGAUUUAAUUCUGAUGUUGAUCCUGGAAUAGGAACUCAAGGUAUUCUCACUGGAGAAAAUUUGGUGGCUGCGCCCAAAUUGACCAGUAAAAUCUUCAUUCCUUACUCCUUAAGGGCUAAGAAAAUUGACAUGCGCCAAUUAAAAAAGUCUAUUUGGCGAUCUUUGACGAAAUCUGUUUCUGACAAAGAGAACAUUAAUAUUAAGGAAGCGGUGGAGCAGGAAAUGAACGACAGGGUGAAAGACGAAAAAUCAUUUUGCACUGUUUAUAAGGACCUUCCAAAACUUCUUUCUAAAGCUAACGCGGAUGCUUUAAGUUUACCGAUUGCCUUUGUUUCCUUGCUCCACCUUGCUAACGAAAAAAACCUAGAAGUUAAAUCGAGCGAAGAUUUGGCAGACUUACUUGUGAGACAACAUUAAUUUGAGAUUCAGUCUAGCGAUUUAGCUCUCUAUUUCACAAUUAGUUCCAAUCAGAGGCUUUAAUAAACUGCACUCUGAGUGUAAUCAAUUACACAAUUUUGUAUAAAGCAUCAUUUAUAUACUAAACAGUAAUGUGGUAUAGAAUAUUUUUAAUAGUACAACUAAAACACAUUUAUUAGUAAAUAUGUUUAGCUUUUGUAUACAGUGAAAACAAUUUCACGAAAAUGUAGUAAAAUUAUUGAAGAUCAUCCAAUUAACAAAAAAAUAUUAGAACUUAGAAGCUUUUCUGCAAUAUACAAAAUAGAGACUCAUAAGUUAUUGUACGCAGUUCACUAUUGUCAAAUGGUGAUCAAUAAAUAAUUUUUGCAAUCAU